ACUCUCCAAGAAACUAAAAAAUACAAGUGCUGUCAUGGCCAUGGGCAAGCUGUUAGACAGCAAGUCCACGUAGAGCCCUAUUUUCAGCGCCCGCCGCCACCAACUCGCUAUUCUAAGUAUGAAUCAGUCAUGAGAAUGUCGGAAAUUCUAUUUUGACGGAUUUCCCCCACUAGGCCACGCCCUUGGCGGUGAAGGCGUGAAACACGACCGUUGUGGGCAUUUACCUAAUGGCGUUGCAGCCAGCCCUUAUACGCUUGGGCGGGUAUGACCACUCCGGGUCUAUUUCCAUAUACUCAAAUAUUGGGAAGCUUUUAAGAGAUCGAAAAUCCCCCUGAAGUAUUAUGUUUUGUGUCUUAGACAUCCCCCCUCUCAAUCAACUACAUUAAUUGGAGGCAUGGCUCUGAAACCGAUCUUGUUCCUUGGGCUGUUUGCCAGCCUCGCCCUGUCUCGCGCUACGAGCCGACAACCGGUGCUAUGCCAGGUUGAGGCUAUGAGCGAUGAGCUUUGGGCCAUGGCCGCAUCUGCAAUGGCUAACACGACUGAUUUUACCGCUGCGGCGGGUGAAACCAUCACCGUCCCAACCUAUUUCCAUGUAAUCGCCAAGGGCCGAAGCUUGGAGGAGGGUUAUUUGACGGAGGAGAUGAUGCGUGGACAACUCAAACAGUUAAAUGCAGACUUCGCCCCAACCGGCUUCGUCUUUGCCCUCGAGGAGAUCAACUGGACCAUCAACGCCGACUGGGCUAAGUACCCGGGCAAGCCGGAAGUUGGCCGAGCCCUUCGUAAAGGAGGCUACGAUAGCUUCAACGUCUACUUUGCCGACAUUGGCGAGGGCGGUUUCGCCUUCUACCCUCGCCAUACAGCGAGGGGGUCUGCCGAGUUCUUCCUGGACGGUGCUCGGAUUGGCUACCCAGCAACGUUUGGCGGUACGGGAAUGGUGUUUAACCAAGGCAAGGCAACUUCUCACGAGGCCGGACACUGGCUAUUCCUCCAGCAUACAUUUGAAAACGGAUGCAAUGCACCUGGAGACGAUGUUGCAGACACACCCUUCCAAGAGAAGCCGAUUCUUGAAUGCGACAAGCCUGUCAAGUCAUGCCCCAACAGAAAUGACCUGGCUCCUCUGUUCAACCAUAUGGGAUAUGGAAGAGAUCCGUGCCGCUCCGAGUUCACCCCAGGCCAGGUCGAUCGCAUGAAGCGGGCCUGGAAGGUGUUUCGAGAAGGCAAAUAAUGUCGUCUAUAGUACAUAAUGCCUUUUCGCUUUGUUUCUUCAUUUGAUUUCUGCGUCAUGUUUUGUUUUCCUCUUCCAGAAUUUUCAGCGAGCGACUCCCCUUCUGCGAGUUUGUCAGCCCCAGUUUCUGUCCGAUUUCUCUGAUUUAUGCGCAUUUCUUUUUUUUUUCUUUUUUCGUAUGCUCUGCCUUUGAUUCAACAUUUCGAGCCUACAAUUCUCUGCUUUGAGUCUUUCUAUUCUCGUCCUCUUUGCCUGUCCUUAUCUGCGUUGCUUUGCAAUUUCUCUCCGUUUGCCUGCCUUUUGCUUUCUGCCUUCUUUGCUUUACCCACCCUGCGCGGCCUGCAAUUUAUUCGACUUUGAUAUUUAGGUUUGCGAAUUUUCUUUGAUUUCAGCGAGCGGGUAUUGUCAUUGUUCAAUGGUCUCUCUAUGGGGUCUUUUUGCGUUGAGUUUUUGGGUCUUUUCUGCAUCAUCCUUCUGCAUCGUCUUUUCUGCGACUCUCUUCUUGCGACUAUUCCUGUGCGGCUCCUUUCGGCGUCCUCUUUCUUGCGUCAACUGUUUUGCGUCCCGGCUCUGUACGGGUUUCUUGCAAUUUCCUUACUGCUUUUCUCUUAUUUAUCUGUUCUUCUUUUCUUUUUGCGUUCUUUUUGGAAGAGGUUGGCUGUCAUGGGUGACGUUUGUUCACGUUUGAGAUUCUGGCUAUGGUUAGAUCUGCUUUCUGUUAUCUUUGAUUGCGUUUUGGUUUGAAGUUUAUAGGCAUGUAAGUAGUGGUGCUUUAUAACAGCGUAGAUACACUAUGAAUGUACUCUGUUCAUUUUUGUUAUACACCAUAAACUCCAUUGAAAUGGUAGCGCCGGUAAACAUGCAAAUGGUAGAUUCAUAUUUUGUAUUCUCUUUUGUAAAAGAUAUUGUGUUGAUCUUCUUAAGUUGAUUAUAUUGAAAUGGGAUGCGCAGAAAACUCCACCUUCAUAUAUACCGUUACUGAGGCUGCCAUGGUUGGCUCGAUCAGUGGUUAAUUAUUUAAAUAUUUAUAGUGAGUUGAAGUACUUGGACAUCUCAGCGUAUUUGGGAGUUCCAAGGCCAGUUACGGGGUCCCAACCAGUCGAAGUCUUGAAAGCCUUGCCACGGCAUGUACCGCUACCAGAUUGAUCACCGAUGGUAAUAUCAUUGAACAUGUUGGGAUUCUUGUACAUAGCAGGGUUAGCGAAGCCGAUGGACUUCUUGCCCGCGUUGAGACGCUCUUCAUUCAGUCGUGUAAGGAUGGCGGCAAAAAUGGGGCAAGACAUGGAUGUACCACCAUUGUAGGAGGCCUCGCCGUCGAAGACGUAGGCACCAUAGUCACCAACAGCGGCAACGUCAGGGAAACCACGGCCAAUACGGUUGUAGAUACCGCCAUUUGUGGGGAUUUUGCCAUCCGUAGUGUUGAAGCUCUGGUAACCGGGAUCAUGGUUUGCAAAAAAGGCAUUGACAGCUGAAGCCUGAUAAUCAGGAGCUUUCCAGAUGGUAGAGAAGCCACCACCGCUGGCGAAGCUUGACGUAGCCGCCUCAGCAUCACCUGGUUUGCUACCUUUGGGGAGAUAGGUGGAGCCGACCGAGGUAACGUAAGGGCAAGAACCAGGUGUAGCAGGAUUGAAGAUGUCCUUGUUGGAGCCCUGGCAGGCACCUCCAUGGUUUCCAGCAACACCUCCAUCGCCAGAGGCAAAAACAACGCUGGUACCCUGAAGACCAAGUUUCAUGAAUUCAUCACAUUGGCGUUUGAGGUAGCUUGCAGGCCAUAUACUUUCAUACAGACCAUAGGAAAAUGUAAUAACAUUGGCAGGCUUGAAUGUGCCACACGACUCGUUUGGUGUCUUGCCAUCAACCUUGGGGUCAUCACCGCCGUCCUUGGUGCAGUAACUGCCGUCAACAGCAUCAAGGAAUUCGUUGAAAAGGCCUCUGGAACCAUUUACGCCAUAGUUGGAGUGAGUUUGGUACAAAACAGUACCCUGAGGAUAAAGAAUGGGGAUGGCCAUAUCAAAGUCGAGGGCAGCCUCUCCUUGGGCAUAGUUAGAGUCAGGCUGCUGGCCAUUGAAAUCGAUGUAGUUGAUCUUGGGCCCAAAUCCCGCAGGUAUGUUCUUGGCGUAUAGGCUGUAGAACUUAUCCAAAUCGGAUUGCGUGUGGAGUUCAUCGUUCAACUCGUAUACGCCAAGCUCGUUGCCUGCCAGCUUAGAUGUAGCAUCAGGGAUACCAUACAUCUGCUUAAUACAAGCUGGGGUAAUGAGGCUGCUACAGUCCUCGGCCUCAGUAUUGGUAAUGUGCUCGGGAAUAGGUGCAGACCAAGCAAUCAUCGAGGGUCUUUCUUCCUUUGUAUACUUCAUCGGAGCCAUGGCAACACCAGGGUAGACAAAGUCAACGUGGUCAGCAACGUCGGUUGGCAGAUGGUAUUGCUCUGUGCCCAACUGUUCACUACCAGAUCUGGUAUGGAAGACAUUGUACUUGGUAUGCAAGACGUUUUCAAGCUUGACAACAGUGGUUUCGAAGUCAAUCCAACCCUGGGAUUUGGGGGAAGAGAUAGACUCGGCAGGGAUGCCAGCCUUGAUAAGCCAUCUCUUGACGGUAUCGGCGGACUCCUCCGCAGGUGCAAACAAAGCCUGGACUUGCUCCUGGGUGUAGUGGUUACCAUAGUUGGAAGAAGCAGGAUCAGAGACGUCCAUCAGCAGGUCCAUGCCCUUGUCAAGGUUGGUUUGCUUCAGCGCAAUUCGCACAGGGAUGACCUCAUCAGAGUCCAGAGUGCUGCGCCUGGGAAACUGAACGACCUCGCGCUUCUCGUGGACGAUGUGGUCUGCAGGUAUGGCCAGAGCAGCAGCCACGAAGGCGCUGAGAAAGAUGGCAGCAAUCUGCAUCAUAAGGUGAUACGGUAUCAGAUGGGUAUAAGAGUGAAGAAGGGGAAUGUUUUGAAGAGUGGGAAAGACGGCCCAGAGCAUACUGGACGCAGGCUCGGCCUACUCUUAUAGUAAAAGGUUCCUUACCAUAUCACCUCGGCGCUCCCAGUCAGGGAAGCCUACGGAGAGAUAGCGAGCUUCAACAGAUGGUGCAUGAUGCUAAACACAAUGUAGAAGGUUACAUCCAAGUCCACAUACCCUGUUGGGCCUAACGAACACCCCGCGCGUUGUAUCACCACAAAUCAGGAUUGUAGAUCUCGGCGUAUAUUCCAUCAGUUUACAUUGGGAUGAUUGAGUAGCAUUGUGAGCAGACAGACAUCCCAAGUAUAACCUUGUUAUCAUGGCGGCUGCUAAUGAUGGUGCGUGCCUUUAGAAUGUAUUUGUAGAAGUAUCAUGCUUAAAGGCCCCGACAAACGGAAAUUUGACGCCAUUUUUAAUGAAGGCUACAGUCAGCAUUGAAAAAUGCAGGUGUUGGUGGUAUCGCUGCUUUGGUGGGACGGUUUGCAUUCAUGUGAAGCAGCGGAGAAACGACGUGAUAAUGGCCAUGUGCCGUCCGGUUGCCAGCUGCCAGCUGCCGUCUAC